GAUAAACAUUUCCGGAGCUUCUGCUCCGUUCGGGUCUGCAGAUGACAACAACUGGAACUUCUUCAGAGACCGAGGGUGGAGAAGAAGAAGAUUCUGAAUCCUCUUCUCAUCGUUCCAUAGAGAACGGUCUACGUUCUAUUCUACAUGAUAGAAGAAAGAGCUCGCUUAACAUCUAUCAGACGCCGAAACAGAAAAGCGGCCAGACUAAACAAAUUUCAACAAAAUGCGUACAAGAGUCGAUGGAGUCUUAUCCGGAUAAUAUCACGCUUGCUGUUUUACCACUGGAGAACACUAUCAUCGAUGCGCGACGGCAUAUCUCUUCUCUACCCCACGAGCUGCUAAUUCGGAUCUUCCGUUGGGCAGUCGGUGAUCACUUGGACGCUCGUGUCUUAGGAAAGUUAGCCCGCGUAUGCAAAUACUUUUAUCGUUUGACUCAGGAUCCGUGCCUCUGGCGUUCCAUAUGUAUUCGUCGAUGGCCUUCAUUGGUUGUCUGCUCCAAGGAAACCGUGCACGAAACAUGCUUCUGUAUUCAACCACCUCAACGUUACGGGUACAAAAGUUGGCGUGAGAUGGCCAUAUGGAGGCCUCAUGUGCUUCUUGAUGGCUGCUAUUUGUGUCGGAUUUCUUACGUGCGUCCUGGAGAAGCAGCACUCGGUGCCAGCUACCGUCCCAUGCACCUGGUCGUCUACUAUCGAGGUAUUCGAUUUUAUCCGGACGGGCGAAUGUCCAUGCUAACCUCUUCCUGCACUCCAAACGCGAUUGUUGCCGCUCUUGGGAAGCGUGCAUCGGUGUUACCGAUUUCUGUUGUCGAUACCGCUGGAAUCUCUGAGACUUCUGAAUAUGAUUCUUCCCUCGUUUCUGGUGACGGAUUUUUACAAGGCACUUAUACCUGGUGCGAUCCUGAUUUUAUUAACUGCUCACUUCAGCGCCUUUGGUCGGAAGAAAAGUCUCAUCAGACCCGGCGUUUCCGCCAAGCUCGUUUGCCCAACACAAAUCUGCACGUCACGUUUAACAUUCGGUUUCAGCUAACCAGUUCUAAAAAGCGCUUGCACAGCGUGCUACGAUGGGAUUCGUAUGUCAUCCACACUGUAAACUCGGUCACACAAACAGACUACGCUACUACGCUGGAUGUUUCUUCGGACCAAUUUCCAGCUUUCCAUUUUUCUCCUGUGAGAAGUUACACUUCCAAAGUUUCUACGAGACCACUGUGAUGCGAACAUACUUGUUUGUAGCCCUUGUGAUUAUAAUCAUCCACAGUUUUGCCCUCAUAGUCUCUCCCUAUCGUUCUUGAUAUCCAUCUACGUUUGUCAUUCGAUCGGAUUCUACAGAUCGAGUUUCCCCAUUAUCACUUUCUGUCACCUUUGCCGAUCCGCAUAACUGUACACUAUUUUUUCUAUAAAUUUAGCCUCCCAUCCUCACGCUGUUUGGACGGCGGGGGAUUUCGUCUUUU